CUGGCAAAUGACGUUCUCAGCGUCGACGGCAAGCGAUGCGUUCGAGGCGCGCUGGGCCGAGCUACGAACGCUCCUGUCGCCAGAGGUGCAAGGUCCGUUCGACGCUUUUGUCACCGACGUCGUCUCUGCCCUUCGCGACACCCAGCGCUCCACGGUCGCGCCACCGACCGAGAUCGUCACGCUCAACGUCGGUGGUACACGCUUUGCAACCUUGCGUGAGACUCUUUUGCGGUUUGAAGACGGCUACUUCCACGCGUUGCUCCAAUGGCCGCCCAACGACAAUGGCGAAUACUUUCUGGACUUUGACCCGGCCUUGUUUGCGCCCAUCAUGACGUACCUUCGCAGCGGCCACCUGCCUCUCGAUCACAUUCCUGGCGACGCGCAAGCGGACUUUUACAAGCUCUUCGACUUUCUCCAGUUGCCGCCCUUGGCCGCGUGGGAUGCCGCCCACUGCCACGACGACAUUUUAUUGAGUGCGGGCGACACGGUCAUGGGCAAGCAGCGAGGAUCCAACGCGUUUGUGGGCGCCGUCGCGGUCACGCCGCUGCGACGUUUUUGCGUUUCGGCCAAAACAGCGUCGUCGUUCGAGGUCGGCUACUGCCCCCGCGAAGCGUCGCGCGAGGAAGGCACCACUGUCCAUGGGUACGUCCUCUCGAUCGAGAUUCACAGCGCUGGCGAGAUCCACGCCGUGCUCAAGGCCUACCCUGCGAAAUCCCCCAAGCCGCUGCCACCGGUGGUGGUUCCGCCCUUCAAGGCGACGUCGUCCGCGACAACCGUCAUCGUCACGCGCGACGACGACUCCAUUUCUUUCGAAGUCAACGGCGUUCUCCUCGACCAGCACUUUACCGACGUUCCUAGCACACUUGCGCUCUAUCCGGCCGCGCGGCUCUGGAACGUCCAGCAGCGCCUUCAAAUCACCGCGUAAACACAUAAGAGAACGAAACACUGUACACAAGCCUGA